AGCGGUGUGUUUUUUUCCUCAAAGCGGGGCCGUCCAAGAUGGCGGCGGUUCUGCAGCAGGUUUUGGAGCGCGCUGAGUUGGCCAAGCUGCCCAAAGCCGUGCAGGGCAAGUUGGAGCGAUUCCUCGCCGAUCAGCAGAGCGAGAUCGAUGGGCUCCGCACCAGGCACGAGCGCUACAAGGUGGACAGCGAGCAACAAUACUUUGAAGUUGAAAAACGACUGGCUCAAAGUCAGGAGAGGCUUGUUAAUGAAACACAGGAAUGUCAGAAUCUCCGGGAAGAGCUCACCAAGCUUAAUGAGGAAUUGAAGAAGCUCACUGAGAAAAACAAGGAACUGGAAGUUGCUCAAGAUAACAAUGUGGGCAUACAGAGUCAGCUCACCAGAGCAAAAGAAGAAUUGGAAGCAGAGAAGAGAGAUUUAGUCCGAACGAGUGAAAGAAGAGCUCAAGAACUGGAACAUUUAAAUGAGGAUGUUAAACGUCUGAAUGAGAAACUCACAGCAACAAAUACGGCAAAAAUAGAGCUUCAGUUAAAACUAGAUGAGCUUCAGACAUCAUCCCUUUCUGUAAAACAUCGUGAGCAGAGGUGGGAACAAGAAAAGGAACUGUUACAGAAUCAGAACACUUGGCUGAAUACUGAAUUGAAGGCAAAAACAGAUGAGCUUUUGGUCCUUGUUCUAGAAAAAGGAACUGAAAUCUUGGACCUCAAAUAUGGCGUGGAGAACAAGAAAGAGGAGGUUUCCAGACUGGAAGAACAAGUCACUGGACUGAAACAAUCUAAUAGCAAUCUACAAAAACAUGUGGAAGAUCUUUUGGAAAAAUUAAAAGAGGCAAAAGAGCAGCAAGCUAGUAUGGAAGAGAGAUUCCACAAUGAACUAAACGCCCAUAUCAAGUUAUCUAAUUUAUACAAGAGUGCUGCGGAUGACUUGGAAGCGAAGAGCAAUGAGUUGACUCAGGCAGUGGAGGAGCUGCACAAACUUCUCAAAGAGGCUGGUGAAGCUAACAAAGAAACACAGGAUCGUUUGGCUGAGAUGGAGCAAACGAAGGCUACAGUUGAAAAAGAACUGAAGGAGAAGAUUAGCAAGUUGGAGAAAGAGUUGGACAAUGCAAAUGAUCUCGUUUCGGCUACCAAGCGAAAAGGAGCCAUACUUUCAGAGGAUGAGCUGGCAGCUAUGUCGCCUACAGCUGCCGCUGUUGCAAAAGUGGUCAAGCCUGGUAUGAAAUUAACUGAGCUUUACAAUGCCUACGUAGAAGCUCAAGAUCAGCUGCUGUUGGAAAAAUUGGAGAACAAGAGGAUCAAUAAAUAUUUGGAUGAAAUAGUGCAGGAGGUGGAAGCCAAGGCACCCAUUCUGAAGCGUCAGCGGGAAGAAUACGAACGCUCCCAAAAGGCUGUGGCCAGCCUUUCUGCUAAACUUGAGCAAGCUAUGAAGGAAAUUCAGCGCUUGCAGGACGAGGCUGAUAAAGCAAACAAACAUUCUUCUGUCUUUGAAAGAGAGAACCAGAGGUUUGAAAUUCAAGUGAAAGAUCUUUCACAACAGAUAAGGGUAUUAUUGAUGGAGCUUGAAGAGGCCCGAGGUAAUCAUGUCAUCCAUGAUGAAGAAGUCAGUUCUGCAGACAUCAGCAGCUCUUCUGAAGUGAUAAGUCAGCGCCUGGUUUCCUACAGAAACAUUGAGGAACUUCAGCAGCAAAACCAACGCCUCUUGGUAGCACUUAGAGAGUUGGGAGAGGCUAAGGAGAAAGAAGAACAAGAAACCACUUCUUCUAAGAUUUCUGAGCUCCAGAAUCAACUUGGAGAAGCUAUUACUGAGCUAGAAAAGCUGCGUGAGGCACGCCGCCAUCAGAUGCAGCUUGUAGAUUCCAUAGUUCGUCAGCGUGACAUGUAUCGGAUUUUGCUGGCCCAAACGACUGGAGUUGUCAUUCCAUUGCAAGCUUCAAGCAUCUUGCCUGAGGAGGUGUCUCUGACAUCAACCCCGAAGCGCCUCUCAGGUUCCCUUCCAGCUUCGACUCCAACUUCAAUCCCAGUGAUCGAGUCAACGGAAGCAGCAGAAGCGAAGGCUGCUCUUAAACAGCUGCAGGAAUUUUUUGAGAACUAUCGGAAAGAAAAGGCAGAGAAUGACAAGCUGCUUAAUGAGCAAAAUGAAAAGCUUCAAGAACAGGUUACUGAUUUGAAGUCACAGAAUACGAAGGUUUCUACCCAACUUGAAUUUGCCUCUAAGCGUUAUGAGAUGUUGCAAGAUAACGUAGAGGGAUAUCGGCGAGAGAUCACCUCACUGCAUGAGAAAAUCCAGAAGCUCUCGGCCACUACUCAAAAGCAAGAACAGAUCAUCAACACAAUGAGUCAAGAAUUACGAGGAGCCAAUGAAAAAUUAAAUGUUGCAGAGGUGAGAGCAGAGAAUUUGAAAAAAGAAAAAGAUAUUUUAAAAAUGGCCGAAAUUCGUUUGUCUCAGCAAAAAGAAUCUUUAGUAGCAGAACACAGAGGACAAAACCUGCUCCUUACUAAUCUGCAAUCUAUUCAGGUAAUUUUGGAAAAGGGAGAGACAGAAACUCGACAGAGGCUCAAUAAUCAAAUAGAGAAGUUGGAAAGAGAAAUCACCCAGCUGAAGAAAAAACUGGACAAUGAGGUGGAGCAAAGACACACGCUUUCCAAAAAUCAGGAUAUUCACCUCCUGGAUGCUAAAAGACAAUGUGAGACUGAAGUGAAUCUUCAUGCUAACACGAAAGAGCUGCUGAAGAAUGCUCAGAAGGAGAUAGCAGCGUUAAAGCAACAACUCCACAAUAUGGAAGCUCAAAUAGCUUCUCAGUCAUUGCAGAGAGCUUCUGGCCAAGGUCAGUCUAGUAUUGGAGAGGAUGUGGAUGAUCUUGUAAGUCGGUUGAGACAAUCUGAUGACCAAAUUAAUGAUUUGAAGGAGAGGCUGAAGACUGCCACAAGCAAUGUGGACCAGUACAGAACGAUGGUUGUGAACCUUGAAGAAUCCCUUAACAAAGAAAAGCAGGUGACUGAAGAGGUCCGGGCCACUGUUGAGACCCGCUUGAAAGAAUCCUCGGAGUAUCAUUCCCAGCUAGAGAAGAAACUAAUGGAGACUGAGAAAGAAAAACAGGAGCUUCAAGAUGAAAAACGUAAAGCCAUAGAAAACAUGGAACAGCAGCUUUCCGAGUUAAAGAAAAACCUCUCCAAUAUGAAGUCUGAACUUCAGGAAGCUCUCCAGCGAGCGAACGCAGCACUCAGCAAUGAACAGCAAGCUAAACGGGACUGUCAGGAGCAAGCAAAGAUAGCUGCUGAAGCGCAGAGUAAAUAUGAACGGGAGCUGAUGCUUCAUUCUUCUGACGUUGAAGCUUUACAAGCUGUCAAGGAGCAAGUUGCAAAGAAUUCAGCAAUAAAGCAGCAAUUAGAGGAAGCAGCCCAAAAAGCAGAAUCCACGUUACGAGAGAGCAAAGCUUCAUGGGAAGAACGAGAAAGAGCAUUAAAGGAUGAAGCUUCUAAGCUUGCAUCUCGCUGUCAAGACUUAGAGAAACAAAGCCAACUGUUGCACGAACAGCUGGAAACUCUGAGCAACAAGAUGAUGGCUUCAAUGAAGGAAGGCGGCUCAGGGGCCCUGAAUGUGUCUCUCAGCGAAGAAGGAAAAUCACAAGAGCAAAUGGUAGAAAUUAUCAGGUUUAUUCGCAGAGAAAAGGAGAUUGCAGAAACUCGAUUUGAGGUUGCACAAGUGGAGAGCUUACGCUACCGCCAGCAGGUGGAACAUUUAGAAAGAGAGCUGCAGGAGCUUCAGCAAAGUCUGAAUGCAGAGAGGGAGAAAGUGCAAGUGACUGCAAAAACAAUUGCUCAACAUGAAGAAUUAAUGAAGAAGACAGAGACCAUGAAUGUUUUGAUAGAAACAAACAAGAUAUUAAGAGAGGAGAAAGAGAAAUUGGAACAAGAACUUCAGCAAAUGCAAGCAAAAGUGCGUAAGCUGGAAGCUGAUAUCUUGCCUCUGCAAGAAUCGAAUGCUGAGCUCAGUGAGAAAAGUGGGAUGCUUCAAGCAGAGAAGAAGCUUCUGGAAGAGGAUGUCAAGCGUUGGAAGGCGCGGACUCAACAUUUAUUGAGCCAACAAAAAGAUGCGGAUGUCGAAGAAUAUCGGAAGCUUCUUUCGGAGAAGGAAGUGAACAACAAGCGCAUUCAGCAGCUAAGUGAAGAGAUAGGCAGGCUUAAAGCAGAAAUUGCAAGAACAAAUGCAUCACUGACAACAACCCAGAAUCUGGUCCAGAGCCUCCGGGAAGAUCUAACAAAAACAAAAACAGAAAAGGAAAACCUUCAAAAGGACCUGGAGGUGAAAGUAGUAGAUAUCCAAGAGAAAGUCAAGACAAUAACUCAAGUCAAGAAAAUUGGACGUCGCUACAAGACUCAAUAUGAAGAGCUGAAAGCACAGCAUGAUAAGAUGGUUGCUGAGACUGCCACGCAGGCUUUUGCGGAACAGACGGAACAGCAAAUUUCAGAGAAAGAACAUCAGGAGGUGAAAGAGGCUCUAAGCCAAGCGGAGGUCAAAAUAAAAUCUUUAGAGGGGCAGAUUGAAAUUCUGCAGAAGACUCUAGGAGAGAAGGACACCGAAGUGAAGAAUCUUCAGGAUCAAGUAUCCCAGUUGCAAUCCGACCUUUCCCGCCUUCGUCAAGAUCUACAGGAAAAAACAUCCCAGGAAGAACAACUCCGACAACAAGUAACUGAAAAAGAGGAGAAAACCAAAAAGACACUUCUGGCUGCCAAGCAGAGGAUUGCACAGCUGGCAGGGGUAAAAGAUCAGCUGACUAAAGAAAGUGAGGAAUGGAAGCAGAAGAGCAGCACAUUGGAGGAACAAAAGUCAGAAUUAGAAGUUCGGAUGAGCGCACUUAAAUCACAAUACGAAGGCCGAAUUUGUCGCCUAGAGCGAGAACUCAGAGAGCAACAAGAGAGACAUCACGAACAGCGAGAUGAGCCUCCAGAAUCUACCAACAAGGCUCCAGAACAGCAAAGGCAGAUCACUCUUAAAUCAACUCAAGCUGCAGGGGACCGAGGAAUAGCUAGUACUUCAGAUCCACCAACAGCCAACAUCAAGCCAACUCCUGUUGUGUCGACCCCGAGCAAAGUGACAGCUGCUGCCAUACCUGGGAACAAGCCCACCCCAAGGGCUAGCAUCCGUCCAAUGGUUACACCCGCUACCGUCACCAACCCUACAACUACUCCAACGGCUACCGUUAUGCCAACAACACAAGUGGAGACUCAGGAAGCCAUGCAGUCAGAAGGACCAGUUGAACAUGUUCCAGUCUUUGGAAGCACAAGCGGAUCUGUGCGUUCCACCAGCCCCAAUGUGCAGACAUCUCUUUCCCAGCCCAUCCUGACGGUCCAGCAGCAAACUCAGGCCACAGCUUUCGUACAGCCUACCCAACAGAGUCAUCCUCAGAUCGAACCAACAGCUCAAGAACCAUCCCCAGCCAUCAUGGAAGUGGUGCAGAGCUCCCAAAUGGAAAGACCUUCUACCUCAACGGCAGUGUUUGGCACAGUUUCAGCAACUCCCAGUUCGUCUCUGCCUAAGCGAGGACGAGAGGAAGAAGAGGAGAAUAAUGUUGAAAACUCAGAACAGAUUCCCGAGGAAAUGGUUGAUCUGCCUCUUGCAAAGAAACUGAGAACUGUACAGAGAGUUGGGCCAGAGGAGGAAGUGACUGCAGAAGAGAGCACGGACCGAGAAAUAGAGGCUCAGGCUUACAAUCAGGAUUCGCAGGAUUCCAUUGACGAAGGUGUCACGCAGGGCGAGUAUACGCCCAUGGAGGAUAGUGAGGAAACUUCUCAGUCCCUCCCUAUAGACCUUGGACCUCUUCAAUCAGAUCAGCAGAAUACAGCCUCAUCCCAAGAGUGUCAGGGCAAGAGAGAUGAUGUCAUUGUCAUUGACAGUGAUGGAGAGGAUGAAGAUGAGGAAAAUGAUGGAGAAGCAGAAGAAUAUGAAGAAGAUGAGGAUGAGGACGAGGAUGAGGAUGAUGAAGACACAGGAAUGGGAGAUGAAGGUGAAGAUAGCAAUGAAAGCACUGGCAGUGUGGAUGGCAAUGAUGGGUACGAAGCAGAUGAUGCUGAGGGUGCUGAUGGGAUGGAUCCAAGUACAGAAACUGAAGAGAGCAUUGCUGGAGGUGAAAGCAGCCAGAGGGCAGCUGACUCCCAGAACUGUGGCGAUGGGAGCACAGGUACCGUAGAGUCUACGUUCUCUCAGGAAAGUCCAAGGGAACAGCAACCAACCUCUGCUUCUGAGAGACAAGUUCCCCGUCCACCUCGGCCUCAUCCUUUACCUCCACGAUUAACUAUCCAUGCGAUUCCUGCUCCACCUCAGGAACUGGGACCUCCAGUACAGAGGAUACAAAUGACUCGGAGGCAAUCUGUGGGACGUGGACUCCAGCUAACUCCAGGCAUAGGCGGCAUGCAGCAGCAUUUCUUUGAUGAUGAAGACCGGACAGUUCCAAGCACUCCAACAUUGGUGGUGCCACAUCGUACAGAUGGAUUCGCAGAAGCAAUUCACUCCCCUCAGGUUGCUGGAGUUCCUCGGUUCAGGUUUGGUCCUCCUGAAGAUAUGCCACAAACCUCUGGACAGUCAGAUCUGGGUCAACUUGCAUCCCAAGGAGGGCUAGGAAUGUAUGAAACACCUCUCUUUGCCCAUGAAGAAGAAUCAGGAGGGCGUAGUGUCCCAACAACUCCACUACAAGUUGCAGCACCUGUGUCCGUAUUUACCGAAAGCGCCUCCGCUGAUGCUUCCGAACACGCCUCCCAAUCUGUUCCGAUGGUAACAACUUCCACUGGCAACUUGUCAACCACUUCAGAAUCCGGAACAGGUGAUGAUGGUGGGUUUGUGGAGGCAGAAUCAGAAGGAAUUUCUUCAGAGGUAGGGCUAGACAUUGAUAGCCAGCAAGAGGAAGAGUCAUCUCAAACUCCUGAUGAAGCAGAUCUUCCUUCUACCAGUCAAGAUCCUCCUUCUAGUUCAUCUGCAGAUACAAGCAGCAACCAUCCCAAACCCUUCCGACGCGUUAGACUUCAGCCUCCAACCUUAAGGGCUGGAGUCCGCGGUCGUCAGUUUAAUAGACACAGAGGUAUAACUCAUGCAAUGGGUGGCAGAGGAGGCCUGAACCGGGGCAAUAUUAAUUAAACGCUGUACAGAUUUUGGAAAUGGUGUAUGCGGUUUAGUCUGCCUUUAUUCUGCAUUAGUAUAAUAGCUGCCAAGCUUAAAGCAGCCUUUUUUAAAUGUUAAAAAAGGAUGUUGUAUGAACAUUUGAUGUCUUUUAUUAAUAAAAGCUAGAGAAACUGUCA